CUGAUCAUAUAAUUAUCACACACCUCUUACAACACCCUCACUCUCACCUACCAUUGCUUCCUUCUCUGCAACAAAUUAAAGAUGAAGAACCAAAUCAAAUGCUUUUCCAUUUCUUGGUCUCUUCUCUUCAUGCUUAUUCUCUUGCAUGCAACAUCAACCUUCGCUCAAGAAGUUGAGGAUGAGAGAGAGUUUGAUUAUGGUGAAAGGAGUGAAAAGGGUCCUCGGCGGUGGGGAGAGCUAAAGGAAGAGUGGGCUGCAUGCAAGAAUGGAGAUAUGCAGUCUCCGAUUGAUAUGUCAAACCAGAGGGUGAAGAUGAUCCGAAGGUCCAGGGAGCUCAAGAUGAACUACAAACCUUGUAAUGCAACUGUGAAGAAUAGAGGUCAUGACAUAAUGCUUCAAUGGGCUGGUGAUACCGAAACUGAAUCCGAAGCUGGAUCAAUUCAGAUAAACGGCACUGAAUACUUUCUCCGACAAGCCCAUUGGCACUCACCCUCCGAGCAUACCAUCAAUGGCAGGAGGUAUGAUGUAGAGCUGCACAUGGUUCACGUAAGCCCGGACACCAACGUGAAAAAUAACAUAGCUGUUACCGGGCUUCUCUACAAGUUUGGUAAAGCUGAUGCGUUUCUUUCUAAGUUGACUGGCAAUAUGGCAUCCAUGAUUGAUAGAAUGGAAGAGAGAAACGCGGGAGUGAUGGAUCCGAGAGAGAUAAAGACGGGUGGUAAAAAUUAUUACAGAUAUAUGGGUUCACUCACUGUUCCUCCAUGCACAGAAGGUGUUAUUUGGACAAUGAAUAAGAAGGUGAGGACUGUUUCAAGAGAGCAAGUUAAGUUGCUUCGACACGCUGUUCACGACUAUGCAGAGAAGAAUGCGAGACCAUUGCAGCCACUGAACAGUCGAGAUGUCCAUCUUUACAAACCCUAGUUUAGCCCAGGAAUAACAGUAAUUGGUGAUAAUUAGAGAGAGAGAGAGAUGAACUAUAGUUACUAUUAGUUAGCCUUAUAGUUCCAUUUUUUUCCCCUUUUGCUAGAGUAGAUUGUUCAUUCUGAACACCAUGAUGUGAUAUUUUUAUUGUUCUUCAUCAUCAUAUACAUGGAGAUACCAUGUUUUUUGCGUUAUAUAAUCAGCUAUAUUCAUCCAA